UUUUCGAUAAACGAGUUUUUUUUUUAAUUUUGCAUAAAAUAACACGAAUGGAGUACAUUAGAAUUUUCUUGAAACAUAAAUGGAUGGAGCUUGAUUUUAAAGCGUGACAGUUGCGUAAUCUUUCCCGACACGUGCUUAUAAAUCUGCUGUGCAUGCUGGGUACCUAUCGAGUUUUCAGAACUCCCAAUUUUUUGGCUCGUUGACUGAGAUCCAAGCAAGAUCAAGAAACACUCGUUCUAUGGAAACUGAAUUUUGGGCGAAUUAAAUGACAGCUCCGGCGCCGAACAGUGAUCAUGUUUCCGCGGGACUGCAACUCUUUACUCUUCGUAAUUAGUCUAGGCCUGUGCUUUGUACUCUCUAACGCAGCAGAAGGUAACGCUGAAAAAAGUGAACUUUAGAAUAGAAAAAUAAAUACAAAAAGAUAUUGUUAAACGUAAUUCGUGAUACCACGCGAUCUCACGAACUGAACUUUUCUGUCGAUCUCAAUAAUUGCUCUUUCUAGAUAUUCACUGUUUUUUUAUUGAACAAUAAAUUCGUGCUGCAAAUUCGAAAUCGCGAUGAACAAGGCUGAUUGAAUAUCGGAAUAGCAGAAUCUCUAAAUAUUCCUCACCGAUGGACCUUAGCGUUAAAAUUUCAUAUGGCGUACGUGGUCGAAAGAGGAAUUUUUAACGAAUGUGUAGAGCAGCGAAUCGUUUGUACAGCUGAACAACAAUUCUAGGAAUCCCAGUUGUGUAAAUAUGUCCUUUUAUUUGAAGAUACGUGAAAAACAAGUUUUCAAGUGAAUAACCUUCGUCGAAAAAAGCGAACUAUCCCGUGCGAACACAAACACAGGCUCAGGUGAAGAGUAGAGUUCGUAGAGGCCGCGGAAGGAUAUUCAAAAGAGCCGGGACUUUCACCUUCGGGCCAUUUGAGGGUUCCCCUCUUCUUCUUCUUCUUCUUCUUAUUCUUUUUCUUUACGUACCACAUCAGAUUUUGAAGAAUGGAUGGAGAGCGUUCGAGUUGUCCAAAGAAUCUAGUCAUUCUGCCCAGUGCUCCACUGAUCACAAUGAGUAGUAACGCCUUAAAAUUCACUCUCUGGAUUAGUUUAGGUUUUCCAAUAGUCACCGGCAAGUCAGCUGACCAUCUUUGUCCCGGACCGUUGAAAUAUUACGAGGAACUUGGAUGCACACCGGAAUACAAAAAUCGCGGUGACUGCUGUCCCGAGAAAUACAACUGUGAUCAUCUCAAAACUUUGCCCAGAGAUAAGUGCGUCAUUGAUGGGCACGUUUAUGAGAUUGGUGAACGCAUUAGAGACGAACACAGUCAUCCCUGUGACGUUGACUGCCAUUGUGAUAUGAGUGAUCGAGGGCCCAUGUUUUCUUGCACUUUCCUCGAUUGUUUCGACGAUCUGAUACCUUCCGAUUGUUAUGUCAAAAAAAACGCAACGAGUUGCUGCGGCUUUCCCGUUGUGUGUCCUAAAAAUGAUGCGAAGCGAGCCAUCUGCAUCGUCGAUGGAAAAACUUAUCGAGAUGGCGAAUAUUUCAAGCCUGCCGCAGAACCACACAAGUCAUGUUAUUGUGGUGAAGGAUACAAAGGCUGGAACGUUGAACCUUUUUGCAUCACACUUAAACACACUUGUGGAAUAAUGUUACAUCACGCAAUCGAAAUACGAGAAAACUGUGUUCCCACAUAUUAUCACGAUCAAGCGCCCCAAACUGACUGCAGUUUCGCUUACAGAUGUCAGAACGAUCAAGACUUUGUUAUACCAAGAGCCUCGCCAAGAGCUCAAGGACAAACGAGACCAGUACCAAGCGAUGUCGCAAAUUCUGAUCUAAACUGCACAUUUGGAAAUUUGACGAUGAGAAUUGGCGACGAGCUGAGCAGGGGUACGGGCUACAGUUCAAUCUGUAUGAAAUGUGUUUGCGAAGUACCACCGAUACCGACGUGUCAGCGUCUCUCUGAUAAGAAUUGUGACAUAUAAUAG